GCCUGCUCCGCCUCACUGUGUACACAUUUGACUCCCCGCCAAGUCAGCCACGUCUUUAUAUAACCGCCUCACUGCAGCGACCAUGGGGCGUGCCCGAACCCUUCUGUCCCCGCCAUGAGCAACGCCAGCUUCGAUUACGCUGCGUGGACCUCCGCCUCUUUUUCGUCGGCCUCUUCGUCGGCCGCUGCAUCGAGUUCCAUGCAUCCUGCAUCGCUUGUGGACCCGACAUCUCACUCUUCCGCAAUGAUACAGCUGAUCGACAUGGAUAUCUCUCUGUCGCUCAUCGAAUACCUCGCCGAAUGCAUCUCAGAAACGGUCCAAUACGCACUCGUUCGCGAUGCACCACGUGGCCGCAGCCCUGCACGCACGCUCCACACGCGCAAGUUCACAGCCUUCGUCGAGAUGGUCCUCCGACGCGCCGAAGUCAGGCCCGCCGCCGUGCUCGUCGCUCUAGUCUAUGUCGCGCGCGCACGUCCGCAUCUCAGCAUCGCGCUCGAAGAAUGGGCCCUGGAGCGCGUAUUCCUCGGCGCGCUGAUCGUCGCGAGCAAGUACACGCAGGACAGCACGCUGAAGAACGUCCACUGGGGCCUCGUGAGCGGGGUGUUUGGCCCGCGGGACAUCGGGCGCAUCGAGCGAGAGUUCCUGGAGGUGUUGGACUGGCAGCUUACCGUGCGGGAGGACGAGAUCCUCGCGCACUGGGAUGGGAUCAUGGGUGUGGGUGGAGCCCGGCUGCGGCAAUUUGGCAAAGAGGAGGGCCGGCGGCAUGUCCGCGUGUCCGCGUUCUUGCGUCCGCAUUUGCGCGCACCUCAGGAUCCCCUCCCGCUGCAGAUGCCUGAUCUUGCGGCGAGCCCGACGAGUACUUGCGUCAGCUUGUCACCACGCACACCACUGCAUUCCGGAACCGGAGCGCCUACUCACUCGCUACCCAAUUCCCCCCCACCGUCAAAACCUGAGGAUGCGAUGGACGUCGACUCCCCUCCACUCCCUUCGAAAGCAAGGCGUUUCUUCCCAACUACUGCCCAAACUCGGCCUAUCAUGGUCUCAUAAGACCAUUCUCCGCUCCAGACAUGCUUGCAUGCGCUUGGUCCUUCCUUUCCGUAUCUUAUCUUACAUUAUGCAUGCCUCUACGUCUCAUCCUCUGACUCCGGACAUCAAUCUAGCUACCCUUACUGCCUUGAUAAUCCCUACAACCCGACUUAUCACCAUUCGAUAUGGGAAACCCGCACAUGUUACCUUCCAAAGCAUUCAUCGCUGCGCAGUGCGCAAGUCAGUCCGAAUUCGCGAUUCCCGGCUUAGUUCUUUUGUGUCUCUGACCCCGGCCUUCUGAUUAGUCGGGCCAACAUGAUUAAUGUCAGAUCCGCCCCAGUCUCUGAUGCAAUCAGUGGGUGGUGGUGGUGGUUCGAGAGGCUAGUGUCCAUGCGACUGGUCAGGCCGGUCAGGACUCAUGCUUGGAUCAACCCUUGCAUGUGAUUCAUUGUCCAAAUGGAGAGAUCAAGCCCUGCUAGCCAGGUGCCAUUCCGCUUUUCACUAGUCUAUAAGUCAAUCCUACCUGUGCGGUUCGGCGUUAGUCACCUGUAGUAUUGUGGGUCAAGGCCUGAAAGUCCGGAUACCUCGGGAUUUUAAAGCCCGGCAUGGCCUGACUGAUAGGCCGGAGGCUCGGGCUCGGGUCUCCGUAAGUCAAAGCCCUGGCCCAAAGCCUGAGCCCCGAGCUUUGAAUAUCAAGGAGAUGUAUGUAGAAACACACAUCAACAUCUCCCGGCUCGGACUCAGGCUCGGGCUCGGGUCACACGGUCUCAAUUUUUUAUUCGGCUAUACACCGACUGCUCGGGGUACACGUUUGAGAAAUAUAUAAGUAUAGGUUGACAUCUCGCAGACUCAUUUCAAAGCAAAUCAUCACCUUGUGCAAUAGUGCAAGAUGGGC